AUGGCAAGUGGUCCUCCAUGGCGGUGGUGCGAGUUGGAGCUUCCAUUGGGGAUAUCAGAAGAAGCGUUCCAAUUGAAGAAAGCCGUGUGCAGCCAUGGCCUCUUUAUGAUGGCUCCUAACUAUUGGGACCCUCUUUCCAACACUCUCACGCGCCCUCUCCGUCUACCUCUCUCUGGUGAUCGCUCCUCCCCUUCUUCGUCUCUCUUUCGAUCUGUCAUCGUCACCAUUGCUCAGCCGUCGCAUCGUCCCAGCUCGCUCAAUCUUCGAGUUCAUGGCACCAGCUUCAUCUCUCCUCAACAACAACAUGCAUUACUGGCUCAGGUGUCAAGAAUGCUGCGUCUGUCAGAGACCGAAGAGAAAGCUGUGAGGGAGUUCAGAGGCAUAUCCAUGCAUGGCGAUGAUGAUCAGAACAAAAGCUUUAACGGAAGAGUCUUUAGGUCUCCCACAUUGUUUGAGGAUAUGGUCAAGUGCAUCCUCCUCUGCAACUGCCAGUGGUCGAGGACUUUGAGCAUGGCUCAGGCACUUUGUGAGCUUCAGCCGGAACUGGACAAUGUGUCCUCCUUCCCAUCGAUUGUUGAAGGGGGAGCCACAGUCUCUAACAGUCAAGAAGAAAAAGCUGAGAAUGGAGACUACGUUCCAAAGACACCAGCGACAAAAGAAACCAAGAAAAACACAUAG